GCCGGGGGUCCCUCGGCAUCUCCUGUCCUGUCCUGUCCUGUCCUCCCGCCACAGAGAACCCUUGGGUUAUGUUGUAAAGAGCCUUUUGCGCUUAUUUUCGCGCGUACACGGUUCAGUGUUUUAAAAAAAGCCCUGAACUCUGGUUUCGUGCAGCAGCGCGGGGUUUGCUGUCGCCGCUCUGGAACGGGGCGUGUUGCCCGCUGCAGCUCAAAGGAGCGCUCUGCUCAUCAGGGGAACGGAGUGUGUGUCCUGGUGUGACACCUGGCUUGGCAGCAUGGAGGAGGAACAGGUUUCCAAACGUCUCUAUGUUGGAGGGCUUGGCCAUACGGUUUCCAAAGCUGAGCUGGAAGAAAGAUUUGGCAAGUUUGGGCGUGUAUUGGACACAGAGAUUAUUACCAGGAAAGAUGAUCAGGGGAAUCCUAUGAAAACAUUUGCUUACAUCAGUGUCAACAUUUCUGAUGCAGAUCUGAAAAAGUGCAUAUCAGUUUUAAAUAAAACAAAAUGGAAAGGGGGGACACUGAAAAUUGAGUUGGCCAAAGAAAGCUUUUUGCACAGGCUGGCCACAGAGAGGGAGGAAGCAAAGCUGCAGAAAGAAAAACCACAGAGAAGUGACCAAAUGUCUCUGUUGGAAUCACUGAAAAAAAAGGGGGUUGUGGACUUCCACAUGAGAGCAGUACCAGGUACAGAGGUGCCAGAUCAUAAGAAAUGGGUUGUUGGAAAAUUUGGCAGAGUCUUGCCUAUCCUGCACCUCAGGAAUCAACAAAAAAAUAAACUGGUGAAGUACGACCCUUCAAAGUAUUGCCACAACCUGAGGAAGCUGGAGCCAGAGCUGGCCCAUGCAGCUCCUGUAUCCCAGCUCACCUGGAGCCUGGAAGGGGGAGAUGACAGCGUGCCCAGGAAGCGGCCAGGGGAAUUCCCUGGCACGAGGAAACCACCAGAGAAACGAAGGCGGCUGGGCAGAGAGGCCCUGAAUGGAGCAGCUCUGUCCUCUGAGUGCCCACCACGUCCCAGACACACAGACUCACCCCAGCUCGGCCACAGAGCAAAACCCAAACCUGGUGAGGAGUCGGAAUUGCCUCCUGCAAAGAGACUGGAUGGGAAAAUAUCUAAAAAUGCUAAUGGAGUUACAGCCAAAAAUAAUACCAGUGUUUCUGAUAGUGACAUUGAUUCUGAAGAGGAGAUCAGGGCAAUGGUAAAGAAAGAGGCAGAAAGACAGAAAGCUGAAAAUGUUGAGACUGAAAGUGAGCACUUGGAAAUUGUUGGGGAUAAUUUUGAGUUAAAAUACAGUAGCCACUGGUCCUUAAGCAAUUUGGAUGCCAUGAAGAAAGCUAUCAAAGGAAGUAACAAAGAGAAAGAGACUGUGGAAUGUGAUAAUGGUUAUGAUUCAGCAGAUACAGAUGAAAUCAUUGCUGAAAGUAAAACUCCAGAAGACUCUAAACAGGGGAGGGUGGAAAAUAAAGAAAUAUUAGCUAAAAAACAAAGUGGUUUGGUAAAUGGCUCCUCACUGAAACCUCGCAGUUUAAAAGAAGAAUGCAUUGAAAGAAAAGAGAAAAUCAAGAAAUCCAGAAUGGCUGCCUUGCAGAGUACAGCAGCCAGCAGUACAACAGAGACAUGUGAUAGUGACAGCUCUUGUUCAGAGUCUGAGAAAGGGGAGUCUGAAAUCAGCUCUGAUUAUGAGUCUAUGAUGCAAAACUGUUACCGCUUAGACCUUACCUUGGAUGACUUAAAGGCAUUGGCUACAGAAAACACUGGGACACCUGCAGAGUGGUCAGGCAGUGAACAGAGUCCUUGUCAGUCCAGCGUUGAAGAUAAUCCCAAGGAUAAUACUGUAAAUAAACCAAAACCUUCUAAAUUUCACCCUGCAGUUAAAAAAAAACCCAUCUGUCCUGGAGAUGUGCUGGCUGAUAUUUUAGCAGGGGAGGAGGACGCUGUUAAGGAAAGCUCCAAGGGACAGAAUAAUUCACAUUUGAAAUAUCAGCCCUUCAGAGGAAUAGGGUCCCUUUGUGUAAAAGAGUUAAGUAAGGACAGCACUGGCUUAAAGAAGAAGUCUGUAGAAAGUUUGGGAGUUGAAGCUUGUACAUCUUAUUUUGGGGAGGAGUCAUCUAAAAAUCAGCCAAAGAACCAUCCUUUGUGUUCACUUGAAGUCAGCAACAAAAAGAGACACAAAGUGCCUUUUGAGCAGCAUGAAGAACUGUCAGCUGCUGCCUCCUCAGCAGGUCAGAGACUUCAGCCUGGUUCCAGGCCUCAUUUGCAAGGGAAGAACAAAGGUGUGAGUUCUCUACAAGACCAAAAUUUGGAGCACAGAGCUGCUGCUGCUAGUACUGAUCAUGGUGAUGGGAGCAGUGGCAUGGACAGUGAUGCUGCAGGAGCCCAGGAGCAUGUUAAACAGCAGCUGAAGAGCCCAAAACUGCUUUCCAAAACUUUAAAGAGGAAUACGAGCAAAAAAACCCCAGAAUGUGAAAGUAAUAAAGGCGGGAAUGGGAACACAGGACUUCUAGAAGAUAAGGAGCCUUGCCUUCGAGCUGCUGCCUCAAAGGAACCCAGUACAAUAGAGAAACAGCUCCAGGACAACCAGAGGAGGCUGGCAGCUCUGGAAGAGAGACAGAGAGAGAGGGAAUUACAGAAGAAACUUAUUCAAGGAGCCCUUUCAAAUCUGGACAGGCAGCCAGCAGGACAGCACAAACACAUCAUAUUUGAUUCUGAUGUGGAAGACGAAGCUGAAGUGGAUGAGAUGUUGGAAAAGGAUGCAAGUUUGAGAAAUGGGCAUGGAGAAGAUAAGUCAGCUGCCAAAUCUUCGAGCAGACUGUUUGAGAGCAGUGAGGAUGAGCAAGAGGAUACGGAUGAUGAGCGAUUCAAAAUUAAGCCCCAGUUUGAAGGCAAAGCUGGUGAAAAACUCCUGCAGCUGCAAUCUCGCUUUGGCACUGAUGAAAGGUUCCGCAUGGAUGCUCGAUUCCUUGAGAGUGAUAGUGAGGAAGAAGCAGAGGCAAGCAGCCUGAAGGCAGGUGAAGAAAUGGAGCUUGCUGCGGAGAAAAAGAAAAAUCUGCAAAUACUGGGAAACCUCCUGAAUAUCAACCUGGAGCAGCCCAAGCCAGAUAAAACAGUCACAAGUGUGAAGAAAUUCAAAGAUAUUAACGCCCUCCGUUAUGAUCCAACAAGAGAGGACCAUGCAGUUUUUGAAAGGAAACCAAGUGCUACAGAAAAGGAGAGGAAAGCCAAAAGGAAGAAGAAAGAAGAGAGUGAGACACUGCCUCAAGUGUCUGAAGAAAUCUAUUAUGAUAUUGCUGCUGAUUUGAAAGACUUGUUUGGACAUUCAAUGAGCAAACCAGAAAAGACUGUGGAAAUACCCUGGGACAAAGAGGACGCACAGGACUCUGCCGCAGAUGACCAUUUGGGACCCUUGCCUGAGAAGGACGCAGCUCAGGAGUGGAGUGCUUUCAAGUUUUCCUUCUUUGGAGACACAGAGCAGUUGGGCAUCAAAAAAGGUAAUGGCAGAAUGUGUAAGAGAUCCCUAGAAAAAAGUGGAAAAUACUGGAGCAGAGAUACAGCUCAGAAAAUCUAGGAGGAUACAUUCUGUCCUUCCAAAAUCUGUCUUUUCAACAGUAAGUAUUUCACUUCAAUUAUUAAUUUUUCCUGGCAAGUAUAGAUAUUUUCUAGCAAAAUUUGCUACCCUUACUUGUGGCCAAAAUAGUGGUGGAAUCCCAUGAGCAAGUCCUGGUAAAAUACAUGUCAAGCAGAUUUCUGGCUUACUUUUCUUUCAGAUAUUUGGCUAAUAGGAAUCUGGACUUAUAGAGUGUGUGAAAAACAAUUAGUCACUUGACAGGUUACCUAGACAUUUUGGAUCCUUGCAGACAUAUCUUAGUGAAUGGCAAUCUUACAACCUGUCUGAUUUACAGGGUGUGUUGAAACGGAGAGCUCAGUCCUCAGCAGGCCUCAAUGCUGGGGGAGGAUGCAGGGUCCUGGUGCUGAGCUUCUAAGGGAACGGCUGUGAUUUCCCUGCAAUUUAGAUUGCAGCGUGUUGAGGAGAACUGCUGCCUUUCAUUGUUCUUAGUACACCAGGCUGCAGCAGGGAGCAUUUCUGUUGGAGCCAAGGUGUGGUGGGGGGCAGGAGAACAGGAAGGAGGCGGAGAAUUGAAUUCUGACUUUCUUACUGCAUUGUUAUGAAUGUUAGAAGCAGCAGCACAAUCAGAAGUGUUUAACCCUGUUAAUUGGUUGUUUGUUUUGUGCAGAGGGCCCAAGAUUAUUUUGUAGAUCACUGGAGCUCAGUGAAGAGAAAGAGGGUUGGGAAGACAGACGCAGAUUAUUGCUAGAGGAAUGCAGGAAGAAGCACAAGGAUGCCAGAAGAAAAGUAAAAGCAAAACAAUAAAGUUCCACUCAAAGCUCA